UUUUUGUUACAACAAGGUCUUCCAUUUCGUGGACACGAUGAAACUAAAGAUUCAAUAAAUCAAGGUAAUUUUCUUGAACUCCUACAAUGGUUAUGCAAUCAUAAUAAAGAUAUUGAAGUCAUUUCUUUGAGAAAUGUUCCUGAAAAUUUGAAAUUGACUUUCCUUGCACAAUUUUAUCCUAGAGAUUUUUCAACUACAGAGCUUGUUACUCUUGAAGAUCAAAUUCAAAAUUAUAUCAUUGAUGUGCGCUCAAAUAAUAUGUUUGUUGAGUUAACAAUUACAACGGCCACUGUGGAGAGUACAUUUUCUGUUAUGAGCAUUAUAAAGACCCACUUGCGCCAAUCGAAUGGGAGACCAAUGGAUGAAUGA